GACCAGGAAACGGCAAGAUGGCGUUCGACGGAGAAGACUUGUUGUGGUUAUGAUAGUACUUUCACUUUGUUCUUAAUCCGUACGUACAUGUACACAUAUAUGCUGUUUAAUAGUGCGAACUUCGUUAAUUUUUGUUUGUGUCGGAUAAAUUAGUCUGAGCGCACUUUGACGCUCCUCGUGUUAGCUUAGCUUAGCUUGCCAGUUAGCUUAGCGUGUUAGCUGCUAACAAAGAGAGGCGGAAGUGAUGAAAACACAUCGCUAAGCAGAGAUCAAGUGUGAGUGUAAAGUGUUGUGAUUGUGUGGAAAUGUGCGAGAGAACGAUAGCAGAGUACGAGGAGGAACUACUGGACGCUGUUUUCGAAGAAUAUGAAGUUUUGUCACAACGAACAGACUGGCAGCCACCCCACAUUAAAGAGGAAGAGGAGGAAGUGUUGAUCACUCAAGCAGGAGAGUGUCUUCUAGGGCAGGAGGAGGCUGAUCUCACCAAGUUUCCACUGACUGUUGUCUCUGUGAAGACUGAAGACCAUGAAGACAAACCACCUGAGUCCUCACAGCUUCAUCACAGUCCAAAUGUCUGUGAAGAACAUAUUCUCCCUGAGCAGCAGGAGUGGACCUCCAGGACAGAGCAGGAGGAGCCACAGCCCCCCUAUAUUAAAGAGGAGGAGGACCCAAAGCCGCCCCACAUCAAAGAUGAAGAGGAGGAGUCACAGCCCCACCACAAUAACAAGGAAAAAGAGGAUCACAGCGACGAUCUUAAAGGACUGGAGGAAGUUGAUGUCACUAAGAUGCCAGUGACUGGUGUCCCUGUGAAGAGUGAAGAAGAGGAGGAACACAGCAUCAGUCAGGAGGGAGAGCAUCCUGAAUGGUUGGAGGAGUUCCCAGUGAUUGGUGUCCCUGUGAAGAGUGAAGAUGAUGAGGUCAAAGGUGAGAGUGAGGAGAAGAGAGAGGCGGAGCCUCCAAGCAGCAGCUCAACUCAACACAUGACAACAGAAGCUGAUGGAGACCACUGUGGAGGAUCACAAGCAGACAAGCUCUUAGCUCCACUAUCAGAUAGUGAGGACACAACGUCACACUCUCCUGACACUGAUGAUGAAGACUCUAAAGAUGAUAAGACAUGUCACACUGACAACACAUACUUCACAUGUUCUUACUGUGCCAAAAUCUUUAGUUAUCAUUGUCGUCUGAAAACACACAUGAGAAUACACACUGGAGAUAAACAUUUUCACUGCUCAGUCUGUGGUAAUGGAUUUGCACAAAAAAAUGCGUUGAAGGACCACAUGAGAACACACACAGUAGAAAAACAUUGUUCCUGUUCAAUCUGUGGUAAAGGUUUUGUACAUAGUAACUAUUUAAACGUACACAUGAGAACACACACAGGAGAAAAACUUAAAGAUGAUAAGACAUGUCACACUGACAACACACGCUUUAAAUGCUCUCACUGUGACAAAACCUUUAGAUUCCGUUGUGCUCUAGUAGCACACGUGCGAAAACACACUGGAGAAAAACCUUUUUCCUGUUCAAAAUGUGGUAAAAGCUUUCAACGAAACGAAGGGUUGAAAGAACACAUGAGAACACACAUUGGAGAAAAACCUUUUUCCUGCUCAGAAUGUGGUAAAAGUUUUGUACAACGUAGCGAUUUAAAAGGACACAUGAGAAUACACACUGGAGAAAAACUUAAAGAUGAUAAGACAUGUCACACUGACAACACACACUAUAAAUGUUCUCACUGUGACAAACCCUUUAGAUACCGUUAUGUUCUAAAAGAACACAUGCGAACACACACAGGAGAAAAGCCUUUUUCCUGCUCAGUAUGUGGUAAAGGUUUUGCACAACGCAGCACUUUGAAAGGACACAUGAGAAUACACACUGGAGAAAAACUCAAUACCUGUUCAAUCUGUGGUAAAAGCUUUGUAGAAAAAAGCCAUUUAAAAGCACACAUGACAACACACACUGGAGAAAAACCUUUUUCCUGUUCAGUAUGUGGUAGACAUUUCGCCCGGAAACGAUAUUUGGAUGAACACAUGCAACGACACACUGGAGAGAGAACAGUUUCCUGCUCAGAAUGUGGUAAAGUUUUUAUACACAUAUCUAAAUUAACAGUCCACAUGAGAACACACACAGGAGAGAAAGUGUUUAGUUGCAGUGUGUGUAAUGAAAGAUUUUCUUAUGAGAAGCAGUGUAAGAAACACAAGUGUGCUGGUGAGAACAGCAGCAGCAAAUGAAGAUGCAGGAUUUGAAUUAUACUGUCAAAACUUUGUUAACUUUGACUUUCUAACAUCAGCACAUGUAACAUAUAAUGACUGUCUCAGAAUCCUGCUCAGAAAGCCCAUUUAAACUGAUGUUUAAAUGUAUAUGUAGACUGCAGGGGUCCAAGAAUGAUCUUAUUAUACAGAUAACCAAUCCUUGGUGUAAUUCUGUUGGGUACCAAUCCUGUAUAUGGAAACACUGGUAUCUGUGCCUUUUAUAGAAUGUGGAGACACAUUUUUAA